CCGACGGUGGGCUACCACCGAACCUUGCCAUUCUACUCCAACCUCAAAAUGUCGCUCCCCUCGCUGCCAAAGAAGGCGGCUUACGUGCUCAUCAACAAUCCAGCGAAGCGGAAUGCGCUUGCGCUCGGCGUCUUGCGCGACCUCAAGUCGCAACUCGAGGGCUAUCUCACGGGCAGCAGUGGACGGCUGCUCACGCUGCCUGCCUUCGACCCCGCGAUUUUGGAUAAGAUGGAAGCCGGGGACGAAGAGUACGCAUGGCUGCUUGACGGCGGGGCAUGGCGCAAAGAACGUGCCCACCUCCCAAACGUCCUUGUGCUCCGCUCCGAAGGGCCUGUCUUCUCCUCUGGCCACGACCUGAAGGAGCUCGCGGGCCUUUCGCACGACGAGGUAAAGGAGACGUUUGCGCUGUGCGCCGAUGUCAUGCGGCUCAUCCGGCACUCUCCAGCCCCAGUAGUUUGCCCAAUUCAAGGCUUGGCGACAGCCGCGGGGUUCCAGCUCGCCAUGUCGUCCGACUACCCCAUUACACUGGCCAGCACGCCGUUCAGGCUACCCGGAGCGACCAUCGGCCUGCCAUGCACGUCACCUUCCACGGCCAUCUCGCGCCGCCUCGGCGCCGGGUUGGCGUACCGCAUGCUCGCGACGGCGGACACGAUCACAGCCGGCGAAGUUGGCAGUGGCGCCAUCGACAUCGUCCCCGUCUCUCAGUGGGAAGAGAGCACAGAUGUCAACGGAAAGGCGUUUGAGAAGCGUGCCGCGGACGUCAUCGCGCGUCUCGCAGACGAGACGGCUGGCCAGCCCCUCGCCCUCGGCAAGUGGGCCUAUUGGACCCAGCUGGGGAUCCGGGGGAGCGGUGGCGACGGGUACGAAGAGGCAGCGGCGUGGGCCGGGCGCGUCAUGGCACUUCACGCGCGCGCGGAAGAUGCCAAGGAGGGCAUAGCCGCGUUCUUUGGUAAGCGCAAGCCUGAGUGGAAGACAUAGCCAUAUGCAUAGUAAUCCCAGUUGUGUCGAUUGCAAUUAUCAGUACCCAAGAAACUGUGGAGUAUGCCACCAACGCAUGCGAUCGAAGCGAUAGCGAAUACUACCAUCCUCCACUCAGUCCAACAACAAGUAUCACACUAGUGGUGAAACGGUAUCAUUCAUGCUUGCCAUGCAUGAGGCAGGGGUUCGACUCCCUUCUAGUGUACAAAGUAGCUUCGAAAGGAGCUGGGAACGCUUUUUCUGAGCGACAGGGUAGAGACAGGUGGUGCGAGC